AUGGCGCCAUUGAUGCAUGAAGAUCCGUCGAUAGAAGGCGUUAUCGCCGGCAUUGGCAGUCAUCAUGAGAGUGCGGUCCAGACGGUGUCUAGCCGGAAGAAGAUUGUCAUUGUUGGGCUUGGAAUGGUGGCUAUUUCAUUUAUUGAGAAAAUCAUGAAAUGGGACGCCGAGCAACGACAAUACGAUAUCGUGGUCAUUGGCGAAGAACAACAUCUUGCAUAUAACCGAGUCGGAUUAUCGACUUUUUUCGAACAUCGGAAAAUUGAAGACUUAUAUUUAAACUCACAAGAAUGGUACUCUUCCUUCACGGAUGGAUCAUUUAACUAUCACUUAAACACACUCGUCACGGAAAUCGACGCAACAAAGAAACAAGUACAGACAUCAGCCGGAAACUGGAUAUCCUACGAUCUGCUCAUCCUCGCAACCGGUUCCGAUGCCGUGCUUCCCGAAUCCACACCUGGCUACGACGCCAAGGGUAUUUUCGUGUAUAGAACAAUCGACGAUUUGGAACGAUUAAUCGAAUUCGCAUCCCAUCACAAAGGCGAAACCGGUGUCACUGUUGGUGGUGGCUUACUUGGUCUUGAAGCGGCCAAGGCGAUGACCGAUCUAGAAGACUUUGGCAGUGUCAAGCUUGUCGAUAGGAACAAAUAUGUCCUUGCGCGACAACUAGAUGCUGAUGCUGGAUCACUCGUGACCGAGAAAAUCCGAGAGCUGGGCUUGGAUGUAAUGCAUCAGAAGAAAGUCGCACGCAUCGAAACAGAUGAGGAAAACAAUGUGACUGGUAUCACAUUUGAGGAUGGCGAGAAGAUCGACUGUUGCUGUAUCUGUUUUGCAAUUGGAGUCCGACCGCGUGAUGAGUUGGGUGCCAAAGCAGGCAUUGAAUGCGCUCCUCGAGGAGGAUUUGUCAUUAAUGAAAGCCUUGAAACAUCUGUAUCGGAUAUUUAUGCCAUUGGAGAGUGCGCCAGCUGGGAGAAUCAGACAUUCGGUAUCAUUGCUCCCGGUAUCGAAAUGGCAGAUGUACUUUCCUUCAACCUUACACACCGAGGUGAAGACCCAAAGAGGUUCCACCGCCCAGAUCUGAGCACCAAACUAAAGCUGCUCGGUGUCGAUGUGGCUAGUUUUGGCGACUUCUUCGCAGACAGGGAUGGACCCAAAUUUUUGCCUGGCCGACGAGCUUCAGCUGAACAUGUCAGACCUUUCGAAACGUCGGAGCAGCCAAAAAUCUCUACCAGUAAAGUCAAGGCGUUGACUUACAAAGAUCCAUUCGGCGCUGUCUAUAAGAAAUAUCUCUUCACCAUGGAUGGAAAGUACCUGCUGGGUGGUAUGAUGAUUGGUGACACCAAAGACUACAUCAAAUUGAACCAGAUGGUCAAGUCUCAGAAGGAGUUGGAUGUUCCUCCAAGCCAAUUUAUUCUGGGUUCACAGAGUGGCGGGGAAGAGAAUGCCGACGAUCUGCCCGAUGACACUCAGAUUUGCUCUUGCCACAACGUCACCAAAGGUGAUGUGGUGGAGAGCGUAAAGAAUGGCACUUGCUCAACAAUCGCACAAAUCAAAUCCUGCACCAAGGCUGGCACCGGAUGCGGAGGUUGUAUGCCCUUAGUUCAGUCUAUCUUCAAUAAAACCAUGCUUGAAAUGGGCCAAGAGGUUUCCAACCACUUGUGCUCCCACAUCCCAUAUUCCCGCGCAGACUUGUAUAAUAUCGUUGCCAUUAAGCAAUUGAAGACUUUCGAAGAUGUCAUGAAGGCAUGCGCAAAGAACCCGGAAUCUCUAGGCUGUGAACUUUGCAAACCAGCCAUUGGCUCAAUCCUGUCCAGUCUCUACAACCCUCACCUUAUGGACAAGCCAGUUCACGAGCUUCAAGACACCAACGAUAGGUUCUUAGCCAACAUUCAGCGCAACGGAACAUUUUCCGUUGUACCCCGUGUUUCUGGUGGUGAAAUCACACCCGAGAAACUUAUUACUAUCGGCCAAGUCGCAAAGAAAUACAACCUUUACUGUAAGAUUACUGGUGGUCAGCGAAUUGACAUGUUUGGUGCCAAGAAACAAGAUCUUCUUGCUAUCUGGACUGAAUUGGUGGAAGGUGGUAUGGAGAGUGGUCACGCUUACGCUAAAUCACUCCGAACAGUCAAGAGUUGUGUCGGAACUACUUGGUGCCGAUUCGGUGUUGGUGACAGUGUUGGUAUGGCUGUCCGUCUUGAGGAGCGGUACAAGAGUAUCCGAGGUCCUCACAAGUUCAAGGGUGGUGUCUCUGGUUGUGUCAGAGAGUGUGCUGAGGCACAAAGCAAAGACUUCGGUCUCAUUGCUACCGACAAAGGCUUCAACAUCUUCGUUGGUGGUAACGGAGGUGCCAAGCCAAGACACGCCGAACUCCUUGCCAAAGACGUACCUCCAGAGGAGGUAGUCCCGAUUCUCGACCGUUUCCUCAUCUUCUACAUCCGCACUGCCGACAAACUACAGCGUACCGCGCGAUGGGUGGAGAAUCUCCCGGGAGGUCUCAAGUAUCUACAAGAGGUUAUCUUGGAGGACAAGCUUGGCAUCUGCGCAGAUAUGGAGCGACAAAUGGAGGAGCUUGUUGGCAGCUUCUUCUGCGAAUGGACAGAAACCGUCAACAACCCCGAACGACGCAAGUACUUUGAACAAUUCGGCAACACCGAGGAAACCGUCGAGACGAUUGAAGUGAUUAAAGAACGUCACCAGAACAGACCUGCAUACUGGCCCAAGGAUGGCGCAAAUGAAGACUUCAAGGGCCAUCAAUGGUCCAGCCUGUCAUGGCAGCCAAUCAUCCAAGCCAGCCAUUUCACCAACACCAAGCCCGAAGUAUCAUCUACCAACGUCAAGCGGGGCGACACACAAUUGGCCAUCUUCAAGAUCAAGGGCAAAUACUACGCAACACAACAAAUGUGUCCUCACAAGCGCGCGUUUGUUCUUUCCGAUGGCCUGAUUGGUGACGACGACGCCGGUAAAUACUGGGUAUCCUGCCCUUACCACAAACGCAACUACGACUUGAACGGCGAGCAAGCCGGUCGCUGCUCAAAUGAUGAGAGUAUGAACAUUGCCACUUUCCCAGCUGAAGAGCGUGAGGAUGGCUGGGUAUACCUCAAGCUACCCCCUACUGAAGAAUUGGACUCUCUUCUUGGAACGGAGAAGUGGAAGAUCAAGAGCACUGAGUCCGAGGACCCUUUUGAGAAGGUUGAUAAGAUCUACAAGGGUACCAGGGGAAAGAAGAUUGGUGACGUCAAAGCUGCCGCGAAGGCGGUCUCUUGUGGAGGUGGUGCUAAUAACAUCGAUUGGUGA